AUGGAUCACUUCGCGUGCUGCUGUCGGACGAAAAAGGGUGUUGCUGUAAAGGAAGUGACCGAGCAAGAGGAAUUCUUUCUCGGAGCCAUAACCUCAAGCUACAGUUACGAAAAAGCAUGGGAGGUGACACUCAAAGUUGGUAACACACCAAUAACAUUCAAGGUAGACACCGGAGCAGACACUACUGUUAUCUCACAAGCGACAUACAACAAGCUUAAUCAACGUCCAGCAUUGCGUCUCAUCGGUUCUAUACUUCAGGGUCCAGGAGAAGAAGUCCUUCCAUCCCUAGGACUGCUGGCGUGCGAGCCAGUCAAGAUACAGUUAAAGGAGCACGCAUCUCCUUAUUGUAUUAGCGCCUCAAGGCGAGUACCAUUUCCCUUACUCGAAAAGGUCGAAGACGAACUUAACCGAAUGGUUCCGGUGGUGAAAAAGACGGGGAAGAUCCGUAUCUGUGUUGACCUAAAAAGGUUAAACGAGGCUGUAAAGCGAGAACAUUUCAUGCUACCAACCCUUGAUGAUAUAGCUCCCAAGCUAGUGGGUGCUAAGGUGUUCUCCAAAUUGGACACCAGUAGCGGAUUUUAUCAAAUACCUCUGGAGGAAAGUAGUAGUAGGCUCACGACGUUCAUCACUCUAUUUGGACGCUUCGCUUUCCGUAGAGUGCCAUUUGGAAUAACAUCUGCACCCGAAAUCUUUCAGCGGAAAAUGUUAGAGUUGUUGACCGGUCUAGAAGGAGUUGAGGCGAUCAUCGAUGACACGUUGAUCUAUGGGAAGACUCAGGAGAAACAUGACAAGCGUCUGACAAAGGUCCUAGAUAGGAUACGAGCAUCAGGCCUUAAGCUAAACAAGGACAAGUGCGAGAAGACGCCACGUCAACAAGAUGCGUUCGAACAAAUAAAUGGAAUGUUGACGAACACUCCAACGUUGAUUUUCUAUUCUGUGAACAAGCCAACGAUCAUCAGUGCGGAUGAGAGCAGCUAUGGCCUUGGUGGGACCAUCUUCCAGGUGGAUGGAGGAGAGAUGAAAACUGUGGCGUACUGUUUUCGCACCUUGACGCCAGCAGAGACGAGAUAUGCUCAGAUUGAGAAAGAGUGUUUGGCCUCGGUUUGGGCAUGUGAAAAAUUUGAAAGAUACUUGGUAGGACUAGAGUCGUUUAAACUACUCACAGAUUACAGGCCAUUGAUACCUCUUAUCAACACCCAGGACCUCGACAGGACGCCCCUGAGGUGUCAGCGUCUGUCUACUGAUGCGUUUGAGGAGAUUUGCUCCAAUAGCUGA